AUUGUGCCAUUGCACUCCACCCUGGGUGACAUGAGACUUCAUCUCAAAAAAAAAAGAAUAAUAUCUUAAUGGUGUGAUGUGCCUUUGGAACAGUUAAAAAAAAUCUCAAAGGGAAAACUUAAUAUUUCAUAAUGUUCAAGUUGUUACGUAUGGAGCAAUUAAGGAGAACUAUAAUCUAAGGUCUAGCAGACUAGAGAGCAAACCUGACCUAGUGAUUAAUGCUGAAUGUGCUGCAAGCUUGGUUCAUUUUUGUUUCUCCUCCUUUCUUCUUCCCUCAUUAAUUUUAUAAGUUUACAGGGAUGGUUUCAUUUAGUAGAUGGACCCUUUAAAAAGAAUUUUUUUUUAAACCCAUUUUACAGACUCCCAUAGGAUAAUAGGUAUCAGCUGUUAUUAUUUGUUGUUUUUAAGCAUUAACUAAAGAUGCCACAAAUUUAGAAACAUAAUUUUUCAGUUGAUGACUUAGAUUUAUUAAGUAAUUAAGCACAUUUGAAAAUCUGGAAUAAUAGAAAAUUUGUGUGAAAUAGGAAUCAGGGAAGCUCUUACAGAGAGCCCAUAUACCUGUCCUAAGUAAAGAACUCUUGGUUUUAUCAAGUUGGAUAAAUUUCUGUAGAAAACUGCAUUUUGCUGUCAUUGGAAGCAUCCUUUGAAAUUGUGUGAGAAAAAAACUAUUUUUAAUUGUGAAAAAUAACAAACAAAUGUACACAAUAGUCAAUGAGUUUACUAAUCAGAGUGGUUGAUUUGGAGCAGUGUGAAGAAGAGGCGAGAACGAUGGACUGACCAAAGCUGGCAUGCUGCACCAUCCCACGCCCAGCACCUACGUCUCGCUGCCGCCCUGUCGCCACCACCACCAUGCCCAAGAGAAGGGCUGAAGGGGAUGCUAAAGGAGAUAAAGCCAAGGUAAAGGACGAACCACAGAGGAGAUCCAUGAGGUUGUCUCCUAAACCUGCUCCUCCAAAGCCAGAGCCCAAGCCUAAAAGGGCACCUGCAAAGAAGGGAGAGAAUGUACCCAAAGGGGAAAAGGGAAAAGCUGAUGCUGGCAAGGAGGGGAAUAACCCUGCAGAAAAUGGAGAUGCCAAAACAGACCAGGCACAGAAAGCUGAAGGUGCUGGAGAUGCCAAGUGAAGUGUGUGCAUUUUUGAUAACUGCGUGCUUCUGGUGACUGUACAGUUUGAAAUACUAUUUUUAUCAAGUUUUAUAAAAAUGCAGAAUUUUGUUUUAAUUUUUUUUUAGGCUAUGUUGUCAGCACACAGAACACUUCAUUGUUGUUUUUUUGUGAGAAGGGACAUAAUGUCACCAAUACAAUGUCUCCGAAGCUGGACUGAUGUGAGGAAAACACCUUCCCUUCUAGUUUUGAGAGACUUCCUCUUGGCUCUCAGGAAGAGGGAUUCCCUGACUUUGACACACAUGGCCGUCUUGGCACAAAAGCCUUGUGGUAUGGAAAAACAAAUUUGUUUUUAUGUCCUCUUCUCCUUUUCCAUCUUUCGGCAUAGACUUAAAUCCCUUGAGCCCAGAUAUCUGUCGGGACCUGACCCCCAGUCAUUUGUUACCAGUGUGUCAGGCAAUCUGGGCUUCCCAGUGAUGCCACUGAGAUGGCACCUGUCAAAAGAGUAGUGGUUCCAUUUCUAGAUUGUAGAUCUUCAGAUACAUUCUGCCCUUUUCAUUUCACUUCCUGAAUGUCAGGGUCGGCUUGUGAACAGUUGUUAAACAACAUGCUAAAUGUGAAAUGUCAGCCCUCACUCUCAACUUUCCCUGUUGGAACAUCAGAUGAUGACUUCACUGGGUUUUAUGGUGGCUUUCUGAUUUUUGGUAGUCCAUUGAAGAAAGGAGUUUGAAAGUUGUUGUAUACUGUUAACAACUGUCUGCCCAUGU